UUUGUGUAAGAGGUGUGCACGUGACAGUGCGCGUGUGCGCGCGUCACUAGAUGGCGGUGUCGAGCUCCUUUUAUUGGAAUGUAGGCUGCCGUGCGCGUCCGCGUGUCCGAGCUUAUUCACGUGUGUUGAGAGCAUCUGCCUUCACACACGCGCGUGCGCACACACGUGCACGCACACGGGGAGGAUGCUCCGUCGGUUCAGACAACAGACGCGGAGCAGAGGAGGAACCGGACGGACUCACGGAUACACCGAGCUACCGGGACCCCCGCUGGAGCGAUUGUCCGGUGAGCAGCUGGAGGAUGAAGAAGAGCAACCAGAGAGGAAGGGGCCUUCAGGACUCGGGUCAGCCGGCGGUACAGCAGCCGGAAAAGGUAGGCUGGAUCAGAAAGUUCUGCGGUCGAGGGAUCUUCAGGGAACUGUGGAGGAACCGGUUUGUGGUCCUGAGAGGAGACCACCUGUACGUGUCCGACAAGGAGGUGAGAGACGAACGGAGGGCGCAGGAAGUGUUUAACCUGGCCGACUAUGAGCGCUCGGAGGAGCUGAGGAAAGCAAAGAGUCGCAGCAAGAAGAACCACAGUCGCUUUACUCUGCUGCGCUGCAGACAUCCGGGAAACAUGGUUCCCAACCUCGUGUUUCUAGCGGUGAGUCCUGAGGAGAAGGAAUCGUGGGUCCAUGCCCUGAACGUGGCCAUCAUCAAAGCCAAGAACCGCGUUUUGGACGAGGUUACCAUCGAGGAGGACAGUGCGCUGGUCCAUCCCACCAGAGACCGGGUGAAGAUCCCUUACGGCCGGCGGCUGCCCACCCGAGGGCACCUCAUGGCCGUGGCCUCCACCUCCUCCCACGGCAUGCUGACUCUGGACCUGGUGGCCGAGGAGGACGCAUUCUGCCCGGACUCCGAGUCCUGGGAGAACUUUCAGGUGGACCCGCGAUGGGGAGGCUCGUGCGGACAGGUGGCCAGCAUCGGGUCCUGGGGGGUCGGCGUCCGUCAGCGAGCCGGCACGGAUGUGUCCAAGCUGCGGGCCACCCCGAAGGAGCCUACUGUGAAGACCAGCAGUCUGCCCAGGGGGAGCGAGCUCUCCUGGGGCAAGCAGUCCCACCCGGAGGCCUCCAAGGUCCUCAAAACCCAGCAGGUGCAGGUCCUUAAGGCUCAGUCUCAGACGCCCCAGCCGGGGAAGAGGUUCAGCAUGCAGGGCCGAAGCCGCUGUGCGUCCAUGGACGAAGUGCUCUCCUCCAGGCCGGCGAUGAUUCGCUCCGAGUUGCGCUCGGCCCUUCGGCGCUGUCCGACUGAGGAGGAGGAGGCGGGGGGCGGAGUCUCGGUGGUUCAGCCGGUCGGUCAGCUGCAGAGCCUCAUCGCUCAGAGGAUGCAGAGAGCUCAGGAGCUGCUGGAGGAAAUGAGGUUGCAGGAGCUGCAGAAGGCCAAAGCAGAGCGGGAACGCGGAGGCAGCUCACCUUACCUGAAGGGUAUCGACUCCCCCUGCCUCCACCACCUGAGGGGCUCCGACUCUCCUCACUCCAGCAGGUCGUCUGGAUCUCCGAGGAGCCGGAGCAGCGACUCUCCUCGCCUCAGGGUUAAAGACUCUCCCCGUCUGAGAGGGAGAGAGUCUCCUCGGUCCAAAGCCAAGAAGAAUCGCUCCAGAGGAUCCCACUCGCCUGCCACCAAAGCCACCGAUUCUCCUCGGACGAAAAGCUGCGACACCGUCCGCUCCCCCAAGCUCAGGGGUCCCUCAGGCUCCUCGGGCCUCGGCAAGGAGGGCGACUCUCCUGCAGCCAAGUGCCUUGACUCCCCGCGGGGGGGUGAACCCCACUCUCCUCACCCCGGGAGCAGCAAGGAGUCACCAUGUUCCAGUGAGAAGAACUCACCAAGCUUCUCAGGGUCCUUCAAGUCACUGCCCCCCAAAACGGAGGGAGACCCGGAGGUGGAGCGGAGGCGCGAGGAGGCCGGCCGUCUCCUGGAGGAGGCUGUGUCGUCGUGGAAGGAGGCGCAGGAGGUUCUGCAGGAGGUGAAGGAGUUGCAGAGCCAGACACUGCGGCGGCAGCGCCGGAGGACCUACGAGAAGAUGUCGCUGACGUCAGCGGAGGCCGGAUUGCCCCGGGCGACCACGGCGGGCGAGGAGGAGGACACACCCCCCUCACCCAACUCCCCCGAAGAGGAGGACGAGUCGGAGACGCCGUGACCAGGAUGUCUCAACGGAAAUAAGAGAACGAUCCUCAAAUAUUUUUGAUCUUCUGGCCUGGCGUGGACGCCGUGGUCUUCCCGGGACGUCGGAUGACUUCGACCCUCCCGGCGAGCGACGCACCCGAUUAUUCCACACAGUCUCCUGGUGCCCUUCAUUUAUCUACCUGUGGUGCACGUUUCUUCUUCUUUUCUUUAAGCCGCUCCGUGGAGUUCAGAGACCCCCGUGACAUAUUUUUGGAAGAUAUAAAAAAAAAAUUGUCUUUUUAAAGAGACACUUUUUCUCAAUCAAAGAUGUCAACAUUUGUACAAAAGGGAACUUUUUUAAUAAGACAAAAACACGAAGGCACUGACGAGCACAUCUUCUCCUACCAGCAGAUGAUUUUGAACAAUUGAAAGGUCUAUUUCCUGAUCUAUUUGCUAAUGUAUAUUCUGUUUUAUGAAUCGGAUUUAGUUGUUUCACAUCCGUCUGGAUCUGUAAUGACUCAGAUUUCAGACGUUUGGAGGAGAAUCAGGGAGUUUAAUAUUGAUUUUCUACACCAGGAGAAGAGAAAAAGCAAUAAUCUGUCAAUAAGAGACAAAAGAAUAUGUCUUCCCUCACUCUCCCUGAUGGGCUGAAAGAGAACUCAAAUAUACAUUGUUUACCUAUGAAUGCAAUAAUAAUGUUGCUUAAUGGUGAGGAUCUAGAACUGGAUCAGGACAGAACCACAUAUUUAAGAUAUAAAGAGAUUCAGUAUCUAUUACAAACUACAAAUUUGCCUCAGGGCUUUACAGUCUGUACACAUGCGACAUCCUCUGACCUUUGACCCUCACAUCGGCACAGGAAAGCUCCCCAAAAGAUAAGACAACAUUCGAUAGGGAAGACUCAUUCUUCUUCUUCUGCUUAUUAUUAUUAGUAUUGUAAUCCCAGCUGAUAGUCGGCUAUAGCUUCCGAUAGUUUUAAGAGAAUGAGGAUAAAGUUAGAUUAAAAUUGAUGUCACACAUCCUGCAAUGUGCAUGUAUAUAUACAUAUAUAUUCAAAGAUAUAUGUGUAUAUAUAUACUUAUUCAACAAGGAGACAAACAGACACCUUCGGCUGCUUUUGGAAGAAUUGCAGCCGAGAUCUUAAGAGUAAAAAGCUUUAACAAGAACACUUGUCAUCAGACGACAUAUGCACCUACUAAUAUAUAUAUUCAAUAUCUGUAAGAUGUAUUGAUCUAGCCACACAACGUGUGUUCGAUAAACAUUUCUUAUCAAACAACACUUUCACUUUAUAAUUCAUGGAUAACUAAUAAAAAUGUUCAGGUUUAAGGAAAUAUUUCAUUGAAAUAGUUGAUAUUUUGAACGAUUAGAAGUGAUUGUUGCUGCACAAAAAUAUGUCUUUUUCUAUAUUAAAACAUGCACUUUUUUGGAAUAUGGAGGACAUGAAGGGCUGAGGGAAUAUGAGCUGAGCUUUUCUCUUUAAAAGUCACUUUUCUGAGCUGAAAUAUUCACAUUCUGUGAUGUUCUGCAGAAGAACUCGACACUGUGAGCAGAUUCUUCAUGAAGUUUCAUUGUUCUGUAAGUAAUGUUGUAAUCAAAAUUGUUGAACAAAUGUAUUUAGGUUGAUUUAUUUGAAAGUUUCAACACAUUUACAACUUUUCAAAAAAAUGGAAACAAGUUAUUUUAAAUGUUACGUCAUUUUUUCUCUUUGCUUAGAUUAUUAUACUCAAGAUUUGUACAUUGAUGUUUUUAAAUCAUCUUACGGUAUUACUGUAUACGGCAAUGCAUUGUGGGUAAAAACAUUUUUUUUUCCGUCUUAGUCUUAGUUUUCACAUGCAGAAUAAAAUGAGAUGAACAAAGCUG